GAGUGGACCAGCCCAACCAACCGAUACACUGCAUUUCUCCAGCCGGGAGCCGAAUAAGCCGAAUAUCCUAAUAAGCCAUCUCUGUCCAUCUACAGAUUUCUUUUCUUUCUAUGGACCAGCAACACCGUUGCUCCCUUUUGCAAUUUUCAUUUACGUUCAUUUGGAAAGCUUUUACCUGCUCGAGAAAAGCACCGAGCAAUGAUUCAAACAAGAGCAGCGACAGUCUCUUUUCCUACACCCAUCUGGGCAAAUGCAAACUCUCAACGGAAUUCCAGAAGCAAGCCCCAAACUUUGAACCUCACGCUCAGGGCAUCGUCACUUUCCAAUUCCAGUUUUCCUCUAGCAAGCAGAAUCAUCGUUAGAAAUUUAGGAUAUUGGGUCAGUGAUAGUAGUUUGCAAAAGGAAUUUUCAAGUUUUGGUGAAAUAGCUGAAGUUAAGCUUGUCAAAGAUGAAAUCACAAAGAGACCUAAAGCAUAUGCAUUUAUUCAAUAUACUUGUCAAGAUGAUGCCAUUCUAGCACUGGAGAAUAUGGACCAAAAGAUAUUUGAUGGCAGAUUGAUUUAUGUUGAACUUGCCAAACCUGGGAAAGGAAGUUUUGAAGGAUACCCAAAAGCCUCAGGUCCUCCAAAGCAGCAUUUGCAGGAAAAAGAUGAGGUUGCAGAUUGCUGGUACUGAUCAAAUUCAUUUUGAUAACUUGAAGUCACUGAAGUAGGAAAAAUUGUAAUUCAAGGAACGGGGCAAAAUGGAGUGCUACUGCUCAUAUAGAAUUGUUUCAAGAAAUCUGCAACCGAUAACAUAUCAUCUUGAAGCCACAUCAGAUCACCGCAUCAUUAUAAUUUACCAUCUUGAUCUGUGUAAUAUUUGUCUUAACUUAUGCAUAUGCUAGAGUGCAGACUGCGGAGUUUGUCUCAAACCAGAGCAGCCAUAGGGAUCAAUCAUGUAGAGUGAAAAACGAAUCUCUGCUUUUAAAACUAAAUUAUUACUAGUAUGACGUUUUGAACAAA